AUAAACCACACGUAGACACGGUGUGGAAGAAGACAUGUCCGCCUUCAUGUUCCAACUCGCCCGCUUACGCAGCGCGGAUUAGCGGCCCGGCGUGUUUUCGCGACGCUGAAACAAGUCCAGUCCCUUGCGCGAGGGAGGACUGUUGUGCAGUGAAGACCUCCGUACAAGGCUACGGUGGUGGCAGCUGGUCGUCAUGAAAAUGCCGGCGACCCUGCGCGGUGUUUUGACGCUUGUUCUUUCGACCACCGCUGCAUCACUUCUGGAUGCCCCCGUCAUCCAACCCUUCGCCCUGCCCACCGAUGUCGUCACCGGGUUAGCUACCAAGAUCUUCUGCAGCGUGCAGAAGGGUUCCCGACCGCUCACGUUUUCCUGGAUGAAGGACGGUCGCGUCAUCAGGAACGGAGUCACUUCGCUCGAGGAUUACUCGACGCUGACGAUGGAUCCCGUGACGGCCCAAAGCGCCGGGAACUACACCUGUGUCGUGAGCAACAGCGCUGGCACCGAUCGCUACACCUCGACGUUGGAAGUGAAACAACCGCCUCAGUGGGUUGAGGAACCUAGGGACAUCUCGACGGUGGAAGACGUCGAGGUACGAAUUCCCUGUUCCGCAGCAGGCAGGCCAAAACCGACAGUCACGUGGACGCAGUGCGUUUCUGGAGGGAAGCCCAGUGACGUAUGCGGCGACGUCGGAAAAACAGCCGCUCCCCUAAAGUCCGUCAAUGGGACGGUCACCUUUCUGCGAGUCACCAAGAAGCACGAAGGAAGGUACGCCUGUUACGUGGACAACGGUAUCGGAAAGCCGCUGACGAAAGUCAUCGGCGUGGUCGUCAACGUGCCCGCCAAGUUCGCCGAGAAGCACAGCGUGGUGACGGCGAGGCGCGGCGAGAACGCUCGACUCGUCUGCGACGCCCAGGGGGACCAACCUCUCACGGUCACGUGGUCCAAGGGAGCCACGAAGAUCGACCGAGCCGGCAGCACCAGACUGGAAAUAUUCGAGACGAUGACGGAAUCCGGCCUGCGGUCCGAGCUCUUCAUCUCGAGCACGGAACGGAGCGACGGCGCCGUGUACACCUGCAGAGCCGACAACGAGUUUGGCCGGGACGAACGCACCAGCAAGCUGCUCGUCGUCGAGGUGCCGGGACAGCCUCAAGACGUCAAGGUGUCAGAGACCUGGACGCGAUCGGCGAGUGUCACGUGGUCACCUCCGUACAGCGGAAACAGUCCCGUGGCGAAAUACGUCAUCCAAUUCUGGAAGGACUCCGGCGCAGCCCACCGGCUGCAGGAGGUGGCAGUGCCCGGCUCCCAGACGUCCGCCCUGGUAGGGGACCUGCAUCCGGGCUCCACCUACCAGCUCAACAUCCUGGCCGAAAACUCCGUCGGUGUGGGCCAAGCUUCUACGCCGGUCAAGCUUCACACGGGAGAGGAAGAGCCCAGCGCGCCCCCGACGGACUUCCACGUUGAAGCGAGGGGACCGAGCACGGCGCGAGUAUCGUGGAAGCCGCCGCCUCCGGACGAGUGGAACGGCGACCUGCUCGGCUACUACAUCGGCUACAAGCCCACGUCAUCGGGACAGCCGUACUCGUUCCGGACCAGCGAGUUCAAGCCCAACACGAGCCACGAGUUCUUCCUCACGGGCCUGCAGCGAGGCACCGAGUACUCGGUCGUCGUCAAGGCCUACAACGCCGCUGGCUCCGGCGUCGCCUCCCACGAGCUGCACGUCAAGACCCUCGACGGAGACGUGCCGCCUCCCCCGAAGGUGUUUGUUUCCGGCACGAGUCAUUCCUCCAUCACUGUCACCUGGCAUCAGCAGUUCCCGACGGGCGUCAGAGGGUUCGUGCUGCACUACCGAGCCGAGGACGGGCUCCAGGACUGGAAGGAGGUGAACGUGGACGCCCGGACGUCUUCUUACACGGUCCCACACCUCGAGUCAGGCGUGCUCUAUCAGCUGUACGUGAGCACCACCAACGAGUACGGCAUGGGAGACCCCAGCGAGAUCAUCACCGUCCGUACUCACAAGAAUGGCGGCGUGAUGCAGUCCCCGAUCUUCGGCGACGCGAGCACGCCGCUCUACCUGAACUUGUUCAUCAUGAUCCCGGUGCUGGCCAGCCUGGUGACCAUCGUGCUCGUAGUCAUCGUCACCUGCGUCUGCCUGCAGCGCAUCAAGCGCCGUCCGAACCAGCCGCCAGGGCCUCCACCGGGAACCAUGGAUCGACGAAGUAAGCAGUACGCCGCAGCCAUGGAGGGACAGCCGCAGAUGACGUCGACAACAGCGAGGCACGCGGAGAAGGCCCAGCAGGCGGGCGAGUACACGGGCCUCUCGCAGCGCUACGUGGAGGUGCAGCCGCCGCCCCUGCCGGCUGACCACCCGUGCGCGCUGUACCCGGCGCCGUGCGCCACGCUGCCCAUGACCGAAGAACUCGAGGCCAAGAUGGCCAGGCACAACGUCAACCAGGAGAUGAAAACGUUCCUCGCGCAAAACCGAGAACUACCCACGCUUCCGAUAGGUUCCAAGGCGUGCAUGUCCAUCAAGAAGGACCACAUGUACGAGAGCGCCCAGUGAUGCAACCCAUCCGAAACGCCGACAGAGCUCAUCUCGAUCCUUGCCAGCACACCGCAGAGGCGUCCAACCGCCCGUAGCGCCUUCACCGAGUCCGUGUGGUGUGUGUGUGCGUGCUCCACCCUCGUGUAAAUAGCCCCCACGUGCAUUUAGAUCUGCCACGCUCCCGCCAACUCCGGUGGAUGUGCAAGUUCCAUGGUCUCACCAUCGCCCAUCAAAUCUGAAACGCCACUGUGGCGUUUUGGGGUGCUCCAAGUUUUUAUCUGGUGCCAUGUAACCACGUUGCGACGGCGUGUUUCUGCUUUCAGAUGGCUGCGGGGAGGACUGACGUAUACGGCAGAUGGGAUAGAGUUCUCUGAAAGUCUUUCUUUAAUGUGUCGCUUUCAGAUUCCUUCGUUGAUUGUGUACCAGAUCGAUGUGCAACUGUCAUCGGAGGCCACGGUCAAGGACACCAGAAAAGUACGCUUUGUUCGGUUGAAGGUCGCUGAAAUACCGAGAGGCGACUCAGGCAUAGCUCUUUUCAAAAAGAGACCAAAAAACGUUCCUUUGUUGUCUGAUAAUGUACUUGACCAUCGGACGCCAUGGUCAAGGGCACCAGAAUAGGACGUUUUGUUCGAUUGAAGGUCGCUGAAAUAUCGAGAGGCAACUCCGGCGUGGCUCUUCUCAAAAAGCAUCAAAAAACGUUCCUUCGUUGUCUGAUAAUGGGGUUGGAACAAAUCUUAUCUGCUAUAAAAUGCAAGCAUAGCCCCUAUACAGAAGGCUAUGAUACCAGCCACUCAAAAGAUGAAGAAACAUUGGAAAAAGUGUGAAACCAAAGCCGCGUACCAGGCAGCAGUCAAUAUUGUAGCUACAAUCAAACACAGCUUUACUUUAGAGCCACAGAACAUACACCAGCACUACCUUCCAACACAGACAUACAUGCUAGUCCCGAAGCUUGCAGCGAGCGUUUUGUAGUAGAUUAAGUUCCCGGGUAGAGAUAUGUUUUGUUCUUCUUGCCACUCAUCGAUAUUUUUAUCAAAUCCGGAGUCGGGUGGGAGAUCGUACGUUCCUGUGUUCUUCCUCUCUUCACAGGUGAACUUGAGGUGCGACAAAAUAGUGCUUCGAUAGUUUCGUAUCGUGAUUUUUUCCUGUGCUCAUUUUUGCUCAAUCCUUUUUCAAAUGGUGCGUGUACGAUACGUAUAGAAGUGUACGAGGGUAGCUAUGCUGGUUUUAGCACCGUGUGCAAGCUGUACAUAUUACGUGUGCUCUUCAAGCGUUGUCGUCACCCAGCAAAGGUUGUUAUAUUUUUUGUCCUACUUUCUUUACGUGCCAUGAAGUAAAAGUAGGCUUGACAUUUAUAAUCGUCUAGAAUAACCAUUCCGAAUUUUCAGCUACGCGAAAGUACCGACAGGGUGGUGUUUGAAGUGAUUACUGUGUGCAUGGUGCCAUAAUCGUUUCCGUGUGGACCUCUCCCCAGCCGAUCUCGAAAACGAGCAAACGUAGUCUUGUACGAAAUAUAAGACAUGCAACGUUUCCGCGACAAAAAAGAAUGAAUUCAGAUCCUGUGCGUUUCUUUUUUGAGAUUCAAAAUUACCGAAAUGACAGCUCUCCGUUCGGAAAGAGAGAGAGAGAAAGAAAAGGUAAUUGUGCCCAGACAAGGAGUUGUAAUUCGACAAUUGACUCAUUUCUCCCGUGGUAAACAAAACCCAUAUAAAGGACUUUUUUUAUGUUGAUAUUGAACGUGAAACAAACAUUAUUUUUAUCAGAGUUUGUUAAGAAAUAUCCUUUCGAUAACCUUCCUGAAUCACAGCUUCUUCGGCUGUUCUCGUAGUCUCUGUAAAUAUUUGUGUCUCUGCAAGUAUGAACUCCCCACGAAAGAGUUUUUUGCAACAUCUUCCGCCGCCGAACUGUUGUGCACGAUCUGUGGAUGGUCUAACGCGUUGACGUUACGUGCUUGUGACAUUGGUUCCGUGUUGUUGAGGGCGUAUACUAUGUCAAUAUAUAAAUAUAUGUAAAUGAAACGAAGGAAAGAAAAGAAAAAGAAAGGAAGGGCUGUUGACAUCCCCGGACGAACAAAGCAAUCUUCUUUGUUGCCCCUUGCCAAAGACAACAGUAACAAUUGUAUGCGCACUACCAUACGGCCAUAGCAAUGUAGCAAGUGACCAAUCAAAGCCUUCUAUCUCUGGUUCACAAGUUGUGCAAUGUAUUGCGAAGACGUGAGCGCGUGCAACAUGAAAAUGGUUCGCCUUAUGCGAGUUCUAGUUCAGUAAUGACCUCCUUCAAUCAUAGCUAUCCCCUCGUACUCAUGCCUUCUGCAAUGCCCUACGUAACGUGAGAAGCAGAGUAGAACGUUGCGCUCCGAAAAUCGCAAAUGGUAAGCAUUCCACUUUUAUUUACUCAUUUUCCAUUACGCGCGAGUACGGACGUAAAAGCAUUCAAAAUGACCGAUAGCGCUUGCGAACGGACAUCAACACGGGUGCACUGGCUCAUAAAGUACGGACAUAUCUACAUCGCUAUGGCCGUUAUCAAGUUGUUCGUACCCUUUACCGAUAGAGUUGUUGUAUAGAAAUCAUUUUCUUGUUUUGUGCUUUCAGCAAAUAUAUAUAUAUAUAUACAUAUGAGUAAACCAACUGUGGUAGGCAUCGCUGGUCGACUCUGAGGCGUCUCGUAAGCAGAGACGUCCAGAAGAUGAGUAUGUUUUAUAGGAGUUGGCAACGCUGAGCGUGACGUCACUCUCUUGUACAGUGCACGGUGAUUUGUUAUUUUGCUUUCCGUUUAGCCGUCGUGUCCAAUUCCGUCGUACGUGAAGGUGGAUGUCUGCGUGCGUGUAUAUUGAUCUGCCCCACUCGCAAAAAGCAAAGAAACAAGGGGGCUUGUGGCUAAGACGCUCCGACUUUUCGACGUUUGCUUUUGUAACGGGACGAUCCCAUCUUUGUAAAUAAACUCUGCUCCCUCGAUCUAA